CCGGGAUGCUGAUGGCGGACAGAAGAGUUCGAACCUGAAAGUGAAAAACGACAAAGAAGUGAAGCUUUGCAUUGCUAGUGGAGCGUUGUGCCCUCACAGGGAACCUGUCCCUGAGUGAAGAGCAGGCUGUGUCCUUCAGGCCUAACUGAAAGCUUGGCUACCAUCGUUGUGGAGCCAUGGACCUGCUGUAAACAUCCUCUCCCCGACUGCUCCAUCCAUCAAACUCCUUGACUUCUCAAGGCUGCAAAUACCAUGUCUCACCCCCUUUAUAACCCAUAUGAAUCUGGGAACCAGAGUUCCAGCCAGGGGCCAUAUGGGCCCCCUAGUGUGCAGGCAGAGAGGGACCCUCGGAGGGCAACCUCUGUCCUGGGACCAGGGUCCAGCUUCUCUUCUCCUGCAACUCCGGCCAACCAUGGUGGAAAUAUCCAAUCCCAGCCAGUGAACUACAGGCCUGAACAGAGUCGGGCCAGAGUGAACGUGGGUGACAUGGAGAGGUCUGUGGACCCGCAUGUUAGCAGAGACAGAGAGGAGGGGACACCCACAGGCCAGAGCACUCGCUUCACCUACACAGGGACGACUUCCUAUCCGAUGUCCUCAACCUCGGCCUCUGGUGGACGCAGACAGUAUGAUGUUGAAAGAACAAGUAGCUCCUUGGACUGGUUGCCGUGCUACAAAGGAUCAACAGCAGCUGAUUCCUCAAAUUAUUUUCCACCACCUGCUUCAUGUAGCCGUACAAGCAGUGGUGUCAGUACGUUUAAUGCCUCCAGUGACAGACAGCGUGAUGGACAGUCCGUCCCAAGAUUAGGUGAUUAUGACUAUCGUGUACCAGACAAACCUGCAACUCCAUCUGCCACAAGUCAGCCCACGUACACGUCCGAAUCUGCUUCUAGCAUCCUUUUAAAUUUUGGACUUCAGAGAGAGGAUUUGGAAUAUCUCGUCCAAUACCCUGAGGAUCAGCUCACCCCGGCCAAGCUCCCGUUCAUCUUGCGGGAAAUCCGCAUCCAGAAGACCAAUAGAGCUAUGAAUGCAGUUGAGUCAAAACCCUAUCCUGAACCCCAACCGUUCAGAGGUGCCAGUGGCAGGGACAGUUUGACUGGUUCUGGAGGGUCAUCAGCUGUUCUCCAGCCCAGCAAAGUCAUUGACUAUGGACAUACUAGCAAAUACGUUGGAGGGGUUGGGGAUGAGAUUGGAAAAAAUAGUGACAGAAGUACUCCCAGUGGUGGGAGUGGCAGUAUGAUGUCGGCAAACACUAACAACAGCAGCCACAGUCAAGAGCCACCUCAAAAGGAAGGUAGCUCUGUUGCCAAAACUUCGUACAACUCAAUACAGAGCUCACUUGCUCCCCCACGCAUUGAUCCAGCAAAGCAGGUGAAGACCCAACCGAUCCAGACCCCUCAAACAAUCGUUAGCUCUUCUUCUCUGCCAAGAAAAGACGGAGACAGAACAGUUUAUACGCCUGAAGCCUGCAAACCCCUUCCUUUGAAACAACUAGAGACAGAUCGCAAGUUAGCAUCAGUGACCCAGCCCUCUCCCACUUUGUUUCGUUCUGUGCAUCCUGACCGACCUGGUCUUGUGCUCAUCGGCAGCAGUGAUGCCAGCGGCGCUAAGAAUCCGACCACAACUCAAGGUAAAGGGUCAGUUGUUGCUGAGCAGAGGCAGAUGCAGCAGAGGCAACAGAACCAGAUCAAGCCGAUGCAGCAGAGCCAGAUGCCGCAGUCUCAGAUGCCACAGAGCCAGAUGCCGCAGAGCCAGAUGCACCGGAUGCCGCCGAGCCAGAUGCCGCCGAGCCAGAUGCCGCCGAGCCAGAUGCCGCCGAGCCAGAUGCUGCAGAGCCAUAUGCACCGGAUGCCGCCGAGCCAGAUGCCGCCGAGCCAGAUGCACCAGAUGCCGCCGAGCCAGAUGCACCGGAUGCCGCCGAGCCAGAUGCCGCCGAGCCAAAUGCACCGUAUGCCGCCGAGCCAGAUGCCACCGGGCCAGAUGCCGCCGAGCCAGAUGCCGCAGAGCCAGAUGCCACCGAGCCAGAUGCCGCAGAGCCAGAUGCCACCGAGCCAGAUGCAACAGAGCCAGAUGCAACAGAGCCAGAUGGCACAGAGUCAGAUGCACCGGAUGCCACAGAGCCAGAUGCCACAGAGCCAGAUGCCACAGAAGAAGCCAGAACGAUCAACGAUCAUCCCUGGUCCAAUCAAUCAUCCACCACCUCAGCCAGUCCUGAGCUCUAUGAACUUUCCUCAGUCCCAGGCGCCUUCCAGCAGCCAGGGUCCAGCAAAGAAGCCAGUGUCCAAGGGUCUGCCAGCGCCGGGUAUGAUGUACGACUAUGCAGCGGCCUCACCGAGAGCCUUUCCACACACCUGUUCUCUGUGUUUCAAAGAAUGCUCUCAGAUGAAGGAUUGGAUCUCCCACCAGAACACCAGUCUUCACCUUGAGAGCUGCAGAGUCCUCCGGACAAAAUACCCAGAGUGGAAAGGUGAUAUCGUACUUAAACCCAGGGAUGCAGGGAAAGAUGUCAAGCCCUCAUCCUCAGCUCCUGCGCAGACUCACCAACAGCGUCAAAAGAAAAGUAGUCAUGGGAGCCACUCCCGCUCCCACAGCCCUCGGCGCCAUUUCAGCUCAGAGGGUCGAGGAGAGAAACGCAGCCGGUCACGAUCACCGCGCAGCUCCAGAUACUCUCACAGUUCCAGAUCUCGUUCUCGUUCCCGUUCUCCACGGUAUGACCGUCAUCGGUCGCGUUCAAGGAGCCAGGAGAGACCGGGGAGAAGAGGUGAAAGGUCUCCACCGAAGAGGAGCGACAUGAGAAGGUCUCCACCCAGGAGGACUGACAUAAGAGGGUCCCCUCCUGGGAGGACUGACGUGAGAAGGUCCCCUCUCAGGAGGACUGACAUGAGAAGGUCCCCUCCUGGGAGGACUGACAUAAGAAGGUCCCCUCCUGGGAGGACUAACAUAAGAAGGUCCCCUCUCAGGACGACUGACAUGAGAAGGUCCCCUCUCAGGACGACUGACAUGAGAAGGUCCCCUCCCAGGAGGACUGACAUGAGAGGGUCCCCUCCUGGGAGGACUGGCAUGAGAAGGUCCCCUCCUGGGAGGACUGGCCUGAGAAGGUCUCCUCCUCCGAGGACUUACGUGAAAAGGUCCCCGCUAAGACGGAGUGAUGGGAGAAGGUCCCCACAAAAGAGGAGCAGAGAAAGACGAUUGUCCUCAGAGCGGUCCCCUUCACCGAGAAAGAGCAGCACAGAGAGACUGGCACAGAAACUGCUGCAAAACACAGAUGUCCAGUCUCUGUCCAAACAGACUGACCUGGAGGCUGUGGUUAAAACUUUACUCGCUGAGAUAACCAAGAUGAAGUCUUCCUCCUCGUCGUCCACUUCGUCGGCCACGGGAGGAAAAAACGUGAAGUCUACUCCCGCUGCUGGAAGAAUGGGCUCAUCCUCUGCUGCCUCUUCAUCAUCGUGCCCCUCAGCAGCGAAGAAGACGACAACAUUAACCAAGGCCGGCCUGAAGAAGAGUGAUUCAAGUGCUUCUACAAAGACUAAGUCAGGUAGACCGACAUCGUCCCCUCCAACCAGGGUGAGGCUAGGAGGGAUUCCUAAGAUCGUCGCUCACAGUGAUAUGGUCACUGCGAUGGAGCAGUUUGGAGAAAUCGAAUCAAUUGUAAUGCAUCGGCAUAAACUGCAGGCACUGGUGACUUUUAAGAAGGAGGAAGACGCUAAGAAACUGAAGAGCUUGGGGGAAGUCAUUGUGAAAGGAUUCCCCAUCCCUGUCGUCAAGGACUGGGAUACUGAGCCAAAGAAAACUCUUCUGAAAAAACCGGCUGUCUCCGGUGUCUCCACAUCUCAAACCUCUAAAUCCACAAAGCCCACGACCGGUGGAAAAGUCCCGUCUAAAUCUGUGAAAACUUUACUUACUCGUCCAAAAAAGCCUUUAGCUUCAGCCUCUGCAGCAAAGGGAACCCCACCAGGCAAAUGUGCCAAUCGGAAAACAGCUGUUAAAGGCUCAUCCAGUCUCACUAAAGCCAAAGUCCUGGUUCCCAAACCCAGGACCGUCUCGUCCAAGCCGAUCGCCAAAACGGCAAAAUCUGGGCUGCAGCAAGGAAGGACAGUCGAGGUCAGUAAAUCAAAGAGCUCGAGUCUCAGAACUAGUGUCUCAGAACUUGUCCCUGAAGUAAAGGUCGAAGUGGAAACAGCCUCAGUUUCACAGGAACCUCAAACACCGGUGGACAACUUGGCCGCAGCAGGAGAUCCAACAAAAGUCAAAGUUGAAGAACAAGCUGCAGAUGUGACGCCCAAAUCCACAAUAUCAGAAAAACAUACUGAGUUAAAGUCAAAAGAAUUAGACUCAAAGGUUCAACAAUCUGUGGUGGUGCUGGAAGACUCAGUCAAGGUUAAGACGGGAGUUGAGACAGUUCCUGAGCUGAAGCACGAACCGGAGCCUGUCACAGUCGAUGAAGUGACUAAAGAAGCCGGAGGCGCCGAGCCGAUGGAGCUCGGGGAAACGGGAGUGGACGUGGCAGGGCCCACGGAAGCAGAAGAAAAACAGACAACUGUGGAAGCUGUUUCUGAAAAAUCCACUGAGAGUCAACCACCAACCAGGAAAGAUGAGACCAGACCUCCUGCUGUUCCACCUCCAGACACAGACGCUGAUCCUAAACCUGCAGACACAAGUUCUCAGAUGCUUCAGACCACCAUUGAAACAGAAACAGCUGAGAAAGCGUCAGCACAGGUUCCAGAACCGGACGCCGCAGCCCCGGAGUCCAAAUCCAGCGAGGGUCAACCAUCAACCAGUAACGAUGAGACCGGGCCCCCUACUGUUCCACCUGUGUCAUCACAGGUCCAAGGCCUGGAGUCCACAGAACUGUCUGCAGCUUCCGGUCUUGUCAUCCAGAUGGAGGCUUCACGACCUCCGAGCUCAACUGAAGAGGAGGAGAAAACUACAACGGAACAAGAAGAUCCUGCGUCUGCCGUGAAGAACCAAAUGGAUCCCAAAUCAGCUGAGGGGGCCGACAAAGUCUCAACUGAGCCGACAGCCGGAGCAGUGAGCGAACUACAACCAGCAGGAACCACAUCUUCACCUGCAGUUCCCCAUCUGACCAUCGGGGAGAUGGUUGAAAAGCUCUUUAAUCCAGAAAAAAAAUUCUCGUGCCUAAAGCAGAAAACCUACCUCUCAAAACAGGGUCGGAGGCAGGUGGUGAUCACCAACCUGCCGAAGUACGACGACGGCCCCUACACGGAGGAAGACGUCGCCAACCUGCUCAUUCCAUUCGGAUUUAAAUAUUCACAAUUCAAAAUCUAUGUGCUUCCUCAGAUUUGCGUGGCUUUCGUGGAGAUGCCGACAGGUGCUGAGGCGCACCACAUCAUCGACGUCUCUUCAUCACACAGAGGCAUCACCUUCAAAGGGAACAAACUGGAGUUGCACGUGGAUUGCUCCGGCUUCAGAUUUCAGCCGGUUAUGUUUUAUAAAUCGGUGAUGAACGCGAUGAAUUCUUCGGUGGACGACACGAGACAUAAGAUCAUCUACAUCAAUAACAUUUCACCGAGCGAAGCCCAAGACCUCAGGGAGGUUUUGAGAAAAACCAAUUCAGUCACAAACUACCUGCCUCUGCUCAACAAGGUUUUUAUUGAACUUGAGUCCAGUCUUCAUGCCGAUCGGCUCGGAGUUUGGUACAGCCACCAGAAACAGGGCACUGGUCAAACAGUGUUACGGCUGAGACCAUUGUGGCAUAAGGCUAAAGCAUUUGGAAGGCUUGCUGCGAACGCUCUGCCGGACCGCGAGUAUGUUCCCCCCGGAGCGACUAGCCCCUCAGUGGAAUUUGAGGUUCCACAGGGCAGCCUUGUACAGUAUUGGGUCACUAUGGCUACGAGUCCCUUUACGUUCCGCACCUUGACUCCUUGUUUCAUCAUCCCAGAUUGUAUGACUGUCAAAAGAGAUAUGGAUAUGAAGAAGGUCAAAAGUCAAAGUACCAUGUACCCCACACUCUUGUUGACCGGUUUACCAGACAAAGGCUACAGCCAGGAGGACGUGGCCAGGCUGGUCUGGCCUUAUUUCCCCAAACACUUUCCCCACUCUCUGAACAACAACGUGAUCGUGCUGACACUGCAGAGGAGGGCCUUUGUGCAUUUCAGCCGUUGGAGGUUUUGCCUUCGUUUUAUCCAAGAUCACAUCAAGAGGCAGAUUCCUUUCAAACAGGUUGUUCUCGAGGCCCACUUCGUCCUGGAUUGCAUGAUUCCUGAGUCAAGAGAGGAGCUCAUCUACAAAUCCAUGAUGAAAUGGAGCAACUCUCGUGUUCCAGAUCCCCAGUCUCUGGAGGAGCGGCUGCUCUGUGUGGAUAUCUCUGAGACCAGUGUCCACAUUAUCCAGACGGUCAUGAAAACUGUGGCGUCCAUUGCUAAAUUUGUCAGCUAUCUGCCGCUCGCCAACAGGAUCUGUGUGGAGAUGGUUGACUCCAGUGGUGUAGCCCAGGUGGUGGAGAAGUUCAGAUCUCCCUCAAUGCAGCGCAUAUUCGGGGAUAAAGUUAAUCAUGUUGAAUCUGUGAAGAGUCGAAAGCAGCGUCUUGAAGGCUCCAGUGAGAUCUUCAUAAACCUUGAACCUGAAGAUGAGUCUCCUCCUCCUGAACAUCCAGAUAAUGAUCCACAGCUUGUUCUGCAAACCAGUGACUCUGCGUCUGCAAAACCAGCAGCUCCGAAUGAACCCAUCACUGGUGAAGCUGUCGCAGCAGAACCAAGUUCCACGGCAGCAGGUGACGUAGUGAUGGAGGAGGACAAGGAGAAAGUGGGACCUGAGAUUGUCCCGGACUCCGGUGUUGGACCUCAGGCAAAUAAGGAGGUAGAGAAAGUUGCAGAGACCGAGGAGGUGUCAACAACAGCAACUAUAGAUGCUCCUGCUGAUGGAACCAGUGUCCCAGAGGAUUCCACCACCGGUGUGGUCGCCUCUGAAGAAACCAGCACAGAUCUCCCUCGGAUUAACCAGGACGUGUUCAGGGCCAUCAAAGCAGCGGUUCACCGGCACAGACUGACCCAAGAGACGAAGACGCAGAGUGAAGAGAACGAGAGCUCCAGCAACAUUAGUGUCAAGGAUGAAGUCACACAUCAAGAAAAGGUUCUGGAGGAUUUACACACUUCAGACACCUUCAGUGUUGAUGAGCCACAAUUCAACAUCAGGGACUUUGUCACUGUUGAUGAAGUUGCUGAAGAUGUGGAAGAAAUGAGCCCGGACCCCCAUAGCUCCUCGUCCUCCUCAGGGAGAAAAGAAACACGGAGCUCAGACACUUCAUCUGCUCCAAAACAAACCUCAAAUAGAUCCUCACCCAGAUCCUUGAAAGACUCUAAGAGCUCCGCAUCUUCCUCCUCCAAGUCACCCAAAGACCCUGUGAAGAGAAGCUCGUCUUCUAUCUCGACCUCUGUGUCGCCAAAAAAGACAAAGGACUCAUCUAAGCCGACCAAAUCCUCAUCCUCUGCCUCUGCGUCUUUUCUGUCUCUUGAAACCUCUCCCUCCUCUUGUCACAAAGCACAACAGAGCAAGACCCAGUCCUCAAGAUCGUCCCCAACUGCACGUGAAAGGGUAAAGAAGCAAUCAGCAGCAGUGGAGCGUCCCCCUGUAUCACAGAGAGAAGCAGCAAAAGAGAGUGUCGUGGCAAAGUCUGACCACAAAGUGUCAGCAGAGAGCAUUGCUGCAAAAACUGAUGAGUCAGAGACCAAAAUAGAAAAAUCCUCAGAGAUGCAUCCAUCUGCACAGACACAGAGAUUCGGGUCGAACCAAGACCAGAAUAUGGAGACUGGUUUAAAGGACACCACACACAAAGACCCGGAGACAGGCAAAGAGAAAAAGGAAGAAGAAGAGGAUGAGGAUGAUGAUGGGGAAAAGUACGAAAUCCUUGAUUCCUUCGAUCACAGAACAAAUGAAAACAUAGAGGAUAUGGAUCAAGUCGCCAGCUCUGACACCAAGUCACCUGAACCUGAGAGUUUGCAAGAGGAAAACUUUCAGGUCUUGGACAGCGUCGUCCAAGAAGACGAUGGUGGAGAAGCUUGUUCUGAGAAGGUGGUAGAAGGUUCAACAGAGGACAAAAGAGCAACAGUUCAAGAGGAGAGUUGCCUGGUUGAAGACGGCGGAUCCACAGGAAAGCAGUUGUCUCAAGAGGAGGAGGUCCCAGCCCUAAUGACAUCAGCAGAAUCCUGCAAACCCUCCAAAGAUGUCCAAGAACCUGAAGAUCGAAUCCCACAAGAUGAAGACCAGCCUCCUAAAGUCUGUGAUAACAAAGACAAUGAUGUUACUGAACAAGAAACCUUUGAGAUAUUGGAUUCAAUCGACGAUCAGACGAUAAUGGAACAAAACACUGAAGCACAGAGUGAUCAGAUGUCUACAGACAUUACACGUAGAGAAGAAGAGGAGGAUGCCUCUAAGGUAGUGGAUUCUGUUACUGAACAGCCAAUAACUACAGAGUCUGAGUCUGACAACAAGAAACCUGACGCGACUUCUAGAAGAGAUGAUAGAUCCUCAAAGAGGAGUGGCCUGAGGACCAGAGCAUCCAAAAGUGAAGAGAAGGUCAAAUCACCAGAGAAACAGGAUCGGGUGGUGAAAAGAUCAGAGACACCACAAGACUCCACUGCAAGACUUCCUCAAAGAGACCAAGACCCUGAAGAGGAGAAGGUGUCGGAGAUGGUCCAUUCCACUGAAGAACUGGUUCAAGAAGCAGCCGCCACAGAAAGGACUGAUAGAAGAAGGAGUGGAAGAGGAAAGAAAGAGGACAAAAUGACUCUGAAUCUCACUGAAGCAUCUGAAAAACCAGAUGAAAUCUUAGACUCUGUGGAGGACGAGACUGUGACUGAGGAACCGGUCGUUAUGACGAGAUCCACCAGAGGAAGAAGGGGAAGGACGACUCAGAAAGACCAAACUAAAAAAGAGGACACACCGACAAGAAGCAGGCGCACUCCUGCUAAAGAGUCACAGGAAAAAACUCUAGAGAUGGAGAAGGAAGCAUCUUCGAAGGAGGACUCUCCAACAAAGAAGUGCGACAUCACUGUAAGAGAGGAAAUAGAUGAGGAUGCAACCUAUGAAAUAUUAGAUUCUGUGGAGGAUGAGGUUCUUCAGGAUGACCGGCCCCCUACUGGAGGGAAAAGGAAGAGGGGAAGACCAAAGAAAGCUGUUAAAUCAACUAGAAAAAACCCUGUAACACUGAAGGGCGACAAAGAUGCAUCUGAAAAAGAAGCUGAUGAUGAAAAGGUUUCGUAUCAGAUUCUGGAUUCUGUGGAGGAUGAGAUGGUUGAAGAUCAACCUCCCACAGAAGAGUCGUCCAAAAACGAGGAGGAAGAGGAGCCUUUGUAUCAGAUUGUAGAUUCUGUGGAAGAUGAUCAAGUUCAGGAAGAGUCGAUGACCACUGAGGAGUCAAAAGAUGAAACUUGUCCAAAAGAGGAGGAAGCAGCUGUUCAAGAAGAUGCACCAACGUGUAGGAACGUUGUGGAAACUUCCGAAAAAGUGGUCACCAAGGAUUUAGAUAAUGAUCCGUCUACCGGUCUGGAAAAGAGAGAAAGCUCAUCCAAAGAACACAUCAAGGAAGAAGGUUCAUCAACAACAACAUCUCAAAAAGAUCCAACAACACCAGAAGUGGAGAAGAACCAGGUGACAAGUGCUCUGGUGGACCUGGAUGAAGUGAGUGAUGAGGAGGAAGAUUACUUUGACGACAUCGCUGAGGAGGAAGAACUGAGGGAGAGUAAAGCUGCUGCUAAAGAGAAGCAACUGGUCAUGAAGGAGGAGAGGAGGACCAGGGAGAAAGAGGAGAGGAGGACCAGAGAGAAAGAGGAGAGGAGGACCAGGGAGAAAGAGGAGAGGAGGUCCAGAGAGGGAGAGGAGAGAAGGUCCAGGGAGCGAAGGAGCCAGAGCAGCAGCAGCAGCAGCAGCGGAGGAGGAGGAGACAGGAGGAGGACGAUGGAAAGGGGUCGGGAAAAGGAGGAGGAGGUCGACACCAAGGAGAUGGUGACUCUGGAUGAGGUGGGAGCAGAUGAGGCUGGAGAGGAGGUGGAGUUACAAGGUGGAGAACCGGGGGGGCUCGUCACUCUGGAUGAAAUCAUAGAAGAGGAGGAGGAGGAGGGAAAAGGUGAAAACCGGCUGCUGGAGCCCCGCCCACCCAGCAAGGACGAAGAGUCACGUGACUCCUUGAACCCAGAGUAUUUGGUGACUCUAGAUGAAGCAGGUGAGGAUGAGGAGGAGAAGGUGGACGAAGCUGAGAAAACAACAUCUGCUAAACGCAAAAACGAUGACGACACAGAAGAUAAUGUGAACUUUGUGACGGUGGAUGAAGUGGGAGAGGUUGAAGAAGAGGAGGAGGAGGAAGAACAUAAAGCUCCUAAGACAAGAGGCCGAGCCAAGAAGAAAACCAGAAAGACGCCAGUGAGAAAAUCUGCUCGAGGGAGGAAAGUUGAGGCAAAAGAUGAGAGUGAAGAACAGGAAGCCGGCGCCUGUGUUGCCCCGCCCACUUCCCUCGACGCCUCACUGUCCCCGGACAAAGAUCCGUCAUCGUUACUACCUGACGUGCGGCAGGAGAUCCAGAAGAAGGAGGAGGAAGGAGCGAAGCCUCCUGAGACCUCCGCUGUGGAGGAGCUGCAGCCUGGGAGCCUGGAAGCAGAGGAGGAGAAGGAGGGAUGGAGCAGUGCGGACGUUAAAGUUGUGAGUAAAAGGAAGAAGGAGAUCGUCGGACCUGAAGCAAAGAGAUCUCGUUCUCAGUCUCCUUCGGUUCCUGCCGACUUCAAGCUGCCGCCGUUCAGAGCCAACCAGCCCCUCGGUCAGGAGUUUGUUGUCCCUAAAUCCGGAUACUUCUGUAACAUCUGCCGUUUUUUCUACCUGAGCGAGAGCAGCGCCAAGGACGUUCACUGCAGCAGCCAGGCGCACUACAACAACCUGCAGGCAUACUACCAGAAGCGUCAACAGAAUCAAUCAGGAAGUUCAACACCAAACUCUCAAGGCUUCAUCUCUGACUGAUCCAGAUCCUGAUCCUCUUCUGACGUCUUGUUUUCACUUGUGUCUGUUUGUGUGUUUGUGUGUUUGUCAGUCAGCAGGAUUGUGCAAAAAUCGACUCAACCGGUUUCUGUGAAACUUGGUGGGAAGAUGGAAAAUGGGCCAAGAAAGAACCGCUUCAAUUUUCAAGUGGAUCCAAACACUUUCAUUAUGAGAAGAGCUGUUUUAAAAAUGUAUUUUCACUGAUUUCCCAGAGAAUAAUUCUUAGAUAAUGAUGAAAAAAAUGUAUCUGAUAUAAACAGAUACUUGUUAAUUUAAGUUGCACAGAACAAGCGAGUAGAAUCAAAGGCUUUCAGUGUUUGUCUGUUUUUAUGCACAUUUUUUUACUUAUAAUUGAAUAAACCUGAGUCAGAAAUUAAAAUAUGUCGAUCUUCAGACGUAUUUUGGGGACUGAUAUUUAUGUGUGUGAACGAUUCGGCGCAGAUUCAAAUAAAAUCUUGAUCUUG